AUGGACUCCAUGCGAUCCUUGAACACAUCUUUACCGAAAUCAACACCGCGCCCGCAGCCGUCCGAGCAACUGCUCCAGUCUUUCAAAGCGGCAGCCCUCUCUGUCACCAAUUUAUACAAGAAUGCUGUAUGCGAACAAGCCCAGGCGAGGUCUGCGGGCUACCAGGAAGCUAUUGAAGAUUUGCUCCACUUCUUGGACCGCGAGAAUUUAGGCCUUGAUGACGGUGAGGGGUGGAAAGUCAGGCAAUGGGCAACGGAGAAAUGUGAUGGCACGGCAUCCCUGACGAGUGAUGAGGAUGAGCGAGUGGACUCGGAGAAGCUGGAUCGAAGUUCUACGCCAGUUACCACCCGCAAGGAAACACCAACACAAGAACCUCCAUCUCGCCCGCAACCCGCUUCCAUCCCUGCCGCCGUGCCUCGACCUGAGACUACCGCCCCCGCACCGCAACCACAAGGCACCAAUGCUGCAUCGCCAACGGUGUUUACAUUCACCGCAGGACCGACCUUCCCCCAGUGCCAGGAACUCGAUAUGGAUAUGCAAUCAUCGGACAAUUCUACCUCGCCAUCGCAGGAUGGUGCGCCCGUCAGCGUCUCCUUGAUGCCUCGAACCCCCCGCCAAUCCCAUCGCCACAGCCACAGCCACAACCACAACCACUCCUGUCCCAACGUGCGGCCUCCUCCACGAGAGACUUCAGCCAGCCUAGGAUCCAAGAGGAAAUUCACCUUUCCAGACUUCUUUGAUCUGUCCAGCCUACCGAACGGAAGAGACAACACGCUUGGAGGAGGGAAACGCAGCCGGUUUACCUAG